GACCGGCUCUGACCGGCUUACCGUACUUAGGCGGUCCCCUCCCACCUGCCCCUCUAUCAUCUAGUUGCGCUGCUGUACCAGAUGACGUCCUUGUAGGUAGCGUGUAGCUGAAGUACAGACACAGCCGCCGAAGAGUGAAGCUGAUCACUACCCUGAUGACCAACAUGACCUCCAUGCCACGAUUCAUUUGACUUUCUCCGAUAUACUAUCAGCUACAUUCGGAGGGACUUGUUUCAACCAAAAAUUAAGCACCUGCGCUUCUUUUACGCCUACCAAGAACAAAUCUUUGUAGUAAAAGGGCGGCUUUGGUCUACUCUUUCGUGAGAACACAUACUGCUAGAUCCGGCUCCCUGACCUACCACGCAACAACCCUGAAAUCGAUGAGCGCCUGAGAUUCCGCGACGUCACCUCUGUUGGAAGUCAUCGAUGGUGACACUAGUUUUGAUUUAACCCGCGCUCGCCCUUGGCUAUCUUGUGCCAGUCCAGCACACCAAUGUCUGUCUUCUCCGCUCCUCUAUACCCGGGCGUCGGGUUAGGCUUUCUAGUGCUCGGCGCAUUUCUUCACGACGUUCUCACGAGACUUAAGGCCGAGCCGCAACGAUUCCCUAAAUUCGACCUGAUAUACUCCAAAGAACACCCCGUUGCCGAAUCUGUAACUCUCACGCUACCGGCUAACGGGAUCCGUUUGCGCUUCGACGGCCCUGAGCAGCGACUGCGUCUUGUCGAGGUUAUCGACUUUACAAAGAAUCGCAUUACUUACAAUGAUAAGGACAUUGCCAAAGCUUCCAGCGCCCAAGGGUCUUCGGUAUCUCCUAGAGCGGGCAGCGACGCUUCCAGCGGUCCUGCCUUCAAAAACAUCUACCACCGACUAUUCGGGCCAACAUAUGCUGGUGAAUUUAUCCCCACAGACCGUCGUGAUGGCAUAGGGACAUACGUCCUAUCCUAUCCCGGAAUUGCCUUUAACUUUCCGUUGCCAAUGUCCUCCUACAAGCCAGAUAAAGAUGUUGUUUCAUUACUCUCAUCCACAUCAAGCCAGACUGCGACUUCUGUGGCCGUUUUUAGUGGUAAGUCGUGGGCGGCUGCUAGGGAAACACUUUGGACAGAGCUUCUCCCAAGCAUCAAAUCAGCACCACCCUUCAGUAAGAGCAAGGAUGUUGUACCCGAUGAGAUCUCUCUUGUCAAGAUACAUGGCGGUGGACGCUUGCAGUUGUUCAAGAAAUGGACCAACAACUCUGUAUGGAUUAAUCUCGGAGAAACUACUGUGCAGGAUUUGGUCAUCGAAUUAGGCCCUCCAGAUGCCAUAUAUCGGAAGAAUGAUCAGCGCAUGUAUAUCCACAAGAACCGAACAUCGAGUCACAGUAGAUCUAGAUCGAGCGGCGCCGAUUACAAACGCCCAGAUGAUCUCACCGACACAGAUCAGUCAUUUGUCACAUCGGGAUCUGAAGAUUCAGGCGACGAGGCAGUUGAAGAUGACACAGUAGAUGACUUGUCUGGGGAAUGCUUUUAUAAUUACUUCUAUCAAGGUUUUGAUAUUCUCGUAUCACUACCCCAGCCGCCUUCACGCAUAAACCCAUCACAGUCAAAUGUGCCUCCGGAUCAACUUCCAGGAGCAAGUAUCAUCAAGAGCUGGAAACCAAAUCGUCUAGUUGCCACUAAAGUUGUGUUGCACGGUAAUGUUCCGGGCUCGUAUCCUUUUAAUCGACACCGUCGCUCACGGUGGGAGAUUGCCUACCUCGGCAAAACCAUGGAUGAUCUUCCCAUCAAUUCAGAGACACCAUUUGGUGAGAUAGAAGAGGCACUACGAGAAGAGUGGAAGAGUACCUAUGCAUCCGAGGAAGAUGCCAAAAACCGUCAACGGGGAAUGGUACUUAACCGCGGUUGGGGUGAUAGUCCCGGAAGCAGUUGCGAGUUCCUGGGUGGCUGGGAAGAUAGCAGUGGUGGUAUUAACGCCAAGAAGUUGGACGGCAACGAGGAGUCUACUACCACCCUGUACGGCUUUCCAGGCCUUGUGUUCGAGGUCUUGAAGAAUGAAUAUGUUAGUGCAGUUACGGUUUACUGAAUCCAGGCUGGCCCUCGCGGGAUGCGAUCUCGUAACGCUUUUAUGUUUAUUUAUGGUGUACGGAGCGGGAGGAAUAUACUUCUUGUGACUUUUAUUAGAGCGUAAACGGUCAACCUAUUGGGUCGGAUAUCUAGGUUGGGUUGGAAUCGGGCCGGAUUUCUAGCUUAGAAUAGGAUUCCACGUAACGUCAUAAUACUAUCAAUUGAUUUUUGGAAA